AUGUGCGAAUACACCAAAGUCGAAUAUGCGUGUGGACAUCUCAGAUUCACUGUCCGAGCAUGGUGCAUCAAAUACCAGGAGUCCCACAAGCGUUGUCCAGCAAAUGUCGUCGCCGUCGAAUACCGACUAGACGAACGAUGCGGUAAAGCAGCUCUCGGCCUUGAAUCGAUCCACUUUGUACUGAACAAUCAUCAGGUGACUGCAGAGACACUUCGUCAAUGA